UUUUUUUUCAUUUACGCACACAGAAGAUUUUUUAACAUACAGUGAAUAACUUCGAAACUGUAUCAGCUGGAUUGAUUCCCAAGGCUAAUAUAUAUAAAAAGGUAUUUUCGAAUAAUAGCCAAUAUCUAAAAAUCUGGAAUGUGGAACCUACAUAUUUGGCAUACAGGCGCCUAAUAGAUAAAUACUAAAGUUCAAUUUGUUAUGUUUUGGCCAGCAUGACGGAAACCGGAUGUGGAGAACUAAGAUAUAUUCGUCGCCCCACCAGCAUAAAAUUUUCAGAUUACAGAAUGAAUCUUCCUGCAUGCAUGAAUAGUAUUAAUUCGAAAGAUUGUGCCACAGACGCACGAAGUUUACCCAAAUUCCGUAAGCGCCGUUCAUGUGAUCAGUAUUUUGUAACACCCGAUACGUCAACUCGACAUUCAAUUGAUUCUGUUAAGUGUGAACCAAACUUUAUUAAUCCAAAAGAUGUUUCAGCAUCCAGAGAAGUAAUAACUCAAUCAUACGCUAGAAGAUCAAGAAGUAUGACCCAAAAUUCAAUACAUUUACCGUCGCUUACUAUACAAAGUUUAACAGGGGACGGAACACGCUACACGAGCUUCACCGAUAAAAAUAGACCAAUCCAAUAUGGUAGAACUCGCUCGAAAACAAUAUCGCACGCACCGACUUUACCAAAAAUAAACUCCCAAAAAACAUUUCUAGCCACAAAGUACUUACAAAAAUGGAAUAGUAUGCACAUGAAUAAACAAGACAAAAUAGCUGAAGAAUCAAGUUUAUUAGAAGACACGGGUCUAUCAAGUCUUGUGCUAAAUGUCACGUCGAGUCCCGAAUUUGAACAGGUUUUAUCCGAGAUACAAAAAGACGUCCGAGAUAUUUCUCGUCAAUCGUGGAUGUUAUAACUAUUCUGUUUUUUCAGGUAUAAUAUUGUUAUCCGGAGUGACACGGAACUUAUUUGACAAAACUUUUUGAAAGCCUCGUGUUGUGCUAUUAAUUUUAAAAACGAUAAUAUUAUUAAAAACUAAUUAUUGCAAAACCGAAAUCAUUGUUAACCGAAAUUGUUUUAAAAACGAAAUAACAAAAGAACAUUAUUGAUAACGAAA